AUGUCUGAGGUGACCACUGCCCCCACCGAGACGCACACUCUCCUGAACGAGUAUGGGGACUACCACAACUGGUCCGAGCUGUUCCACCUCCUGAACUACACCUACACCUUCUGCGAGUUCAGCCUGGAUGAGAACGUCAAGCGGGUGAUCCUCUUCAUCCUUUACCUGGUCAUCUUCGUGGUGGGCUUGGUGGAGAACCUCCUUGUCAUCUGGGUCAACUGGCAGACACGGGGCAACAAGAGCUUGGUCAACCUCUACAUCAUCAACAUGGCCAUUGCCGACCUCGGAGUGCUGCUCUCGCUUCCCAUCUGGAUGCUGGAGGUGAUGCUGGAUUACACCUGGCUCUGGGGCAGCUUCCUCUGCCGCUUCACGCACUACUUCUACUUUGCCAACAUGUACGCCAGCAUCUUCUUCCUCACCUGCCUGAGCGUGGAUCGCUACGUGUCCCUGACCAGUUCCUCCCUCUUCUGGCGUAAGCACCAGCACCGCGCACGCCGCAUCAUCUGCGCCUGCAGUUGGGUCUUGGCAGCAGCAAUCCCAUUCCUGGAGGUUGCUCACAUGCAGCUGGUCAAUACCGGAGAGCCCAUCUGCAUCUUCAUGGCCCCCUUCGAGACCUACGAUGAGUGGGCACUGGCGGUCAGCUUGGCCACCACCACCAUUGGGUUCCUCAUCCCCUUCCCCAUCAUCACCGUUUUCAACAUCCUGACGGCCAGGUUCAUCAAGCGCACCAAGCCGGAGAGCAGGAAGCACUGUCUGCUCAUCUAUGCCUAUAUCGUCGUGUUCCUCAUCAGCUGGCUGCCCUUCCACAUCAUGCUUACGCUGCUCACCCUCGACGGCAACCACAUCAUCCUCCACUGCACCUUCGCCCACUUCCUCUACUUCUUCUACGACAUCAUAGACUGCUUCACCCUGCUCCACUGCGUGAUUAACCCAAUCCUCUACAACUUCCUGAGCAAAAACUUCCGCAGCAAGCUCAUCUCCGCUGUGGUUAAGUACAUCCCCAAAGACCAAGGCAGCCAGAAGGGUGCAGACAAUUCCUCCUCCACCACGCAGCACUCCAUAGUCAUCACAAAGGACAACAACCCUCCCAAUUAAGGGGGAUCGGACUCUCCCACUCAUCACUGGCAAGUGGUUGCGGGGCAGGGGGCAGCUCCCUGCACUCACUGAGGUCAGUAAGACUGUUUUUCCUGGUGAUAAGCAGACACUUUGCUUGUAAACAACACUUCUUGGCUGGCCACCUCCUGUGCUUUGAAGGCAGGGCAGUGUGCCAAACAUGAAAUGAGACGGUGCGGGGAGCUACAGACAUCUUGCCUCUGAUGUGCUGCUGUAUCAGAUCUAUUUAGCUAAGGAAAGAAUAAGAGAAAGGGAUAUUUCCUGUUUUCCAAAAGAAACACUUGCAGUAAUAAAGCGCAUUACUCAGAAGUCUGAACACAAAUCCAGCCCCUGGGACCCGACCCCCGUACUCCCCCCGAGCCACGGGGCUGGGGGCACACGAUCCUUUCCCUUCACAAGUUUUUCUGCAGCCCCCGACUGUCACUUACACACAAGCGCUGGAUACACCGCGCGCUGCAGAGGUGUCGGUGGAUGCCACCCCUCUGCCGCGAUGCCACCCCGAGAGAGGAAAUUCAUUCCUUUGAAACACAAACCUCUCCUCCCCGUGCCCGGCAAGUGGCUGAAAGCCUGAUUUUACAGAAAUGAAGGCAACGCAACCCCGCGGGGCUGAGCUUGACACAGACCUGAGCUUUAAUGAGGGGAUCAGCAGAUCAACGAGAUCAGCAGCUCGUUGAGAGCAAUUUUGCAAACCCAGCAGUGAAUUAGCGAUGGUUAAAAGUGGGUUUGACUGGGCACGGCUGCUUCCAAAUGUGACCGGUGGCAGCAGAGGUGGGGUUCCCAGUUUGUGUUUUGCAGCAGGAGACCCAUCCCAUUAAACCCAGCCUCCUUCAGAGCAUCUCCUGGCAGGUUUCUAAGGCUGCUGGGCACGUUUCUAAACAUCGGCAGACUCCGGCAGCUCUUCAUGCGUGCUCCCUUUCAAUCACAGUCACACUGAAGCACACCCCAUGGGAACACGUACGCCUGCAGAAACCCUCGGAGCUGGAGCGCCGGCUGGGCUUUUGGCUGCGUAAGAAACUGGAGCAUCCGGAGAAAGUUCAUCCUUGUCCGGAUUCUGCUAAGUCACGUCCUGCGGGUCAAGCCCUCGGCAGGGGAAGGUGAAAGAGCGACAGUCACUGGAAGGGAGUCCAUAAAUCUACCAAAGGCCUUGAGCUGCUCAAGAAACGCAUUUUUAAAAAAGCAAAGCAUAAGCAAAUCUAGGGACAGGAUGCUCG